GAAGUGGGAUUGUGCCGUCGUCUGCACACCAUGGAGGACCAACUGCGCAUCUUGAUGGAGCACCAAAACCAAAGUUUCUUGGAAUUGGCAAAAACACUGCAAGCGUCUGUGCGAGAACCGGCACAAAAUGGCGUCGUCACAUUGCCAAAGUUUAACGCCGACAUUCCAGGCGCCGACGCUACUCAAUGGUGCUUUACGGUUGAUAUUAUUGUGGCUGAAAAACCUCUGGAAGGCAGUGCAUUAAUAUUGGCCUUAACAAAAUCGCUGGAAGGAAGUGCGUCCCAAUGGCUGUCAGAAGUGUGCUAUGCUGGUGUGACAUGGUUGGAAUUUAAGCAGUUAUUCCAACAACGCUAUGCAAAUGCAGAGACGCCAGCCGCCAUGUUUUUACAGUUACUGAACAGUCGCCCAGGCAACAGUGAAUGCCUUGCCAUAUAUGCUAGUCGCAUGGUGACGUCACUCGUUUGCAAAUGGAAGGGCUUGGAUACCGAGAGGAUUGCUGUGUCUGUGGUUUUGGGACAUUUGGCCAACUUUGAUCGCCGAUUACAAAGAAUUGCCUACACUGCCGAGAUCAAGAAUAGACGCGACCUACAGGCUGAGUUGCAGGUCUUCGCUUUUGACAGGCGCACACAUCAUUCUGGAAAUGAGGAAUCUGGAGGAAAGCGAGCUAAGUUCGCGCUCUUGAAGUGCCAUCUUUGUGGUAAAAUGGGACACAAGAUGAUUGACUGCCGAAACAGGAAGCAGAGCGCUGGCAUGUCGAGACAGGAUCACCGAGGAAGCCAAUCAUUUCAGCAGCAUUCUAAAGGCAGUAUAACUUGCUAUCGCUGCCAGGAGCAAGGUCAUAUAGCUUCACAAUGCCCCAAAAAUAUGGCAAGUGGUGGAGCUGGAUUUCGGAACGAGAAGAGAGCUGAGCUGUGCGUGGUGGAUGAACCAAAGACAAGUAUGCUGCUACGAGGUGAGAACUUUUCAAUUAUCUUUGACUCUGGAGCAGAGUGCUCUUUCAUUAAAGAGAGUUUUGCUAAAAACAUAAGCGGUAAAAUAAUAAAUAACGUAGUAAGCCUAAAAGGUAUUGGAAAUGCAAAUGUUUGCAGUACAAUUCAAAUCGAUAACAAUAUUCUCAUUAAUGGAAACAGUUUAAAUGUAAUAUUUCAUGUAGUACCAGAUGAAAAAAUAAUAAUAAUAAUAUCAAAUAAUAUCGUACUAGGACUAGAAGUAUUAGCUCAGGGGUAUGCUGCUGUAGUGUCUUGUAAAGGAGUAGAAAUAAUUAAGAAUGAAACAAAAGCUGUUAAUUCGUGCUCUAAGUUCAUAGUGUAAAGAAAA